AUCUUUCAUGUCCAAACUCUGUAGCCACUCAACAAGAAAAAAAUUCUAAAAUAACCGUUGGAUACGUUUAUGGUUAUAAUUAUGAUUACACAUUAGAUGUUUCGAAAUUACCAUGGAAUAUUACUCAUAUGAAUUGGAUCGCUAUGUCUGUAUUUUUAACAUCCACCGUAUCCUAUCCCCGUAUGAUAGCAUUUAAAACAGACGAUACAUCAAAUAAAGAAAUGCCUUUUUCAGGUUAUCAUACUUAUUUAAAUAAGACG